UUCAGUGCUUAUAGAGAGAGAAAGGUGAAAUAAAGGGAUACAUAUCAGAGAAUGUGAAAGAUUUCUCUUAUCUCUUUCACUUUAUUUCUCUAACCAAAGCGAGAGCCAAAAUUUUCUUCUCAUUGUUAGCAAAUGUGCGGCUGAGCCAUUUUUUUUUUUUUAGCCGUUGGAUCUUGUGAGUAAAGAUCAUGGGGAGUGUAUCUUCUGAUGAUGGCUCUGAUCAGCAGAGUGAGCGGUGUGGGAGUUAUAAUUUGAGUGCUGAUGUCAGUGAGUCGGAGAGUUGUAGUAGCUUUUCGUGUCGGCGGUUCGAUGGGGAAGGCUGUUCGAGUUCGAUGACCUCAUCUCCGAGGUUACAGGCUGCUGGAAGGUUCGGUUUUCACUGGCCGUUGAUGUUGCCGGUGAUUGGAGGGAAAGAUGUCGUGAUUUGGGACGAUGAGACUCCUGAGAAACGGGACACCGAUUUGUCCGAAGUUGAGAUGAUGAAGGAGAGAUUUGCAAAGCUCCUUUUAGGAGAAGACAUGUCUGGAGGUGGGAAAGGAGUGUGUACUGCACUUGCCAUUUCGAAUGCCAUCACAAAUCUCUCUGCAACUGUCUUUGGUGAGCUGUGGAGGUUAGAGCCAUUAGCACCACAGAAGAAGGCAAUGUGGAGAAGAGAAAUGGAGUGGCUCCUGUGUGUGAGCGAUUCAAUUGUUGAACUUGUACCAUCAAUACAACAAUUCCCUGGAGGAAGCACAUAUGAAGUCAUGACGACAAGGCCACGCUCAGAUUUGUAUAUAAACCUUCCUGCCCUCAAGAAGCUUGAUGCAAUGUUGAUUACCAUGCUUGAUGGGUUUCGUGAGACAGAGUUUUGGUAUGUUGAUCGGGGGAUAGUUGUGGGUGAUGGUGGUGACUGUGAUGCUUACCCAUUAUCUGUUUCUGGAGGGAGGCCCUCGAUUAGGCAGGAAGAGAAGUGGUGGUUGCCAUGUCCAAAAGUGCCACCAAAUGGUUUGUCAGAGGAUGCAAGGAAGAAGUUGCAGCAAUGUAAGGAUUCCACAAACCAAAUACUGAAGGCAGCCAUGGCCAUUAAUAGCAGUGUACUCGCGGAGAUGGAGAUACCUACUGCAUACUUGGAGACCUUACCAAAGAAUGGAAAAGCUUGUCUAGGAGAUAUCAUCUACCGCUACAUAACAGCUGAUCAAUUCUCUCCAGAAUGUCUCCUUGAUUGCCUUGAUCUGUCAACAGAACAUCACACUCUGGAAAUAGCUAAUAGGAUUGAGGCAGCAGUACAUGUUUGGAAGCAGAAAGAUCAGAAAACAUACAUGAAUCACAUCAAAGUUAAGCGCUCAUCAUGGGGUGGAAAGGUCAAGGCCCUCGUUGCUGACAGUGAAAAGAAUAAUUUUCUGGCGCAGAGAGCUGAGACCCUCUUACAUAACUUGAGGCUUCGUUUUCCUGGUCUUCCACAGACAGCAUUGGAUAUGAACAAAAUUCAAUAUAAUAAGGAUGUUGGGCAAUCAAUUCUUGAAAGCUACUCAAGGGUGAUGGAGAGUUUGGCCUUCAACAUUAUGGCAAGAAUAGAUGAUGUCCUUUAUGUUGAUGAUGCUAUCAGGCGCUGUGCGGCGGCAGAAACAAUCUCCCUCUUCAGCAGGAGUGGUUUGAGUGGUCUCCCAAUCCAGAAGCGAAUGUCUCCAAGUCCCUUCUCAAUGCAGCACACUCCUUAUGCCUCUCCUUUUGCAACACCAACCUUCUGUUCUUCAACUCCACUCACUGCAAGCCCUGGAAGGGCACCUUCCUCUUUGAAGAGAAACGGUCUUAAGGAGGAAUCUGAUUGGAAAUUCGAAAAACCAUAUGCGGCUGAGUUUGAGAGGGUGUGGUCAUAUACAGGGAGCCUCAGCGCAAGAAGAGUUUCUGAAAAUGCUCCUGAGAGAGACUGAAAUCAAAUAUCCAUGACCCUAUCUGAUUUAAUGUACUAUAAAAUGGUAGAAAAAGAAGUUGCAUAGUUUCGUUGGGUGGCUGACAGGUUAAGUAUAUUUUUAUAGCAUUAGGAUUAUUAGUCUCAAAGUUUUGAUUUUUUAAGUAUAUAGAUUUAACUUCAAAUAGUGUAAGGCAAGGGAAGAAGAUUAUGCUAUAAUCGGAUUGCUAUUAAUGCUGUUCAUAUUCUAUUGUCCUACCUUUUGGGUCGCAUUUUCAUAGGCAGUUUUAUUGAUCAACAGAGUGCACUUGACCACCAGCCGUCAUUCAAACGGGCAAGUUGCUCGGAGCAAAACAAUAGGUGGCUCGGAAAAGGUACUUAUUUCUAACUAGCCAAGAGCAAACAGGUAAGACAACAGGAGUUACUCAUGACAAUGAACUAAACAAACAUAUACCAAUGCCAUCAAUCUGUCAUCAAGCCAACUGAAAAUUGAAAAUGUAGCAUUAACAGAAAGGACAUGGAAGUACAAGAUAGAAACAACACAAUUUGAAGCUGCACUUUGAACUUGGAGAGGGACGCUUGCUGCCGACUUAUUGUCGUGUGACAGUCAC